AUGUUUUGAUUUCAGUGACAAAUGUGUAAAGUUGUGAUGUUGCAACUUUGUGAGUUAGCAUGCAUGAUUCUAAGACUUAAAUGUCUUGGAGCAUAAUUUCCACUAUUUUGUUCAGACUUUUUGAUGCAUUAAGAGAGGAUCGAAUGUUUGACAUAGGUGCAAACUGGUAUUUUGGCGAGGAAGUUUUUGGAUAUGUUAAGUUUGUAAAAAAAUGUUUAACUUGUUAGUUUUACUUCUGCUUUAGAGUAGAAAAGGGAUGGUUCAAAUAGGGAUGAGGGCAUGACUGUGGAUGUUGCUUUUGACAAGCAUGCAUAUACCAGCUAAUGAAUUUUAACUAAUACAAGGAAGUUGUUUUGGUAUUGAGUGGAAAACUAUAUGUAAAUUUAGGUAAUUGUGUGGAAGUUGUUUGUACAUUAUGCAUUAUUAUAAAUAGGAUUUACUUAAUGGAAAGAAGUCAGAAAAUAUAGUGAAAGGAAUAAAGAAAAGUACAAUGAUUUCCAUGCUGUUAGAGAGAUAUUGUCUUGGUAGGGUUUGAUAUAAGGGAAUAGAGGAAUCCUGUAAAAUGUUUCUUUUUUUAUUGUCAGUAUGAAGGGCCUAAGUGUUGGUUACAUAUUUGUCAAGUUUGACAGUAACUUGCCAUUAAUUGACUGGUAAAGAAUGUAAUGUGACUUUGUGUUUUGACAGGAAUCUUUGUGAUUGAUGACAAUUUGUCUUGUGUUUAUAUACAUCAAGAACUUAUGAAUUUAUAUGCAAAUUAGCUCAGAUAUAUGCAAAUAAGCAUUCAGCUUACACUGUUUAUUAAUAUAACUGGGCUGUUUGUGAAAACUGUAAUGUCUUGUUUUACUGCAGAAUUGAAUAAUUAAAGUAGAAGACGUGAUUUGAUUUUCUUGCAAAAAUCUUAGUAAAAUAGAAAAAAGUUUGUGAAUUUGUGAGAAACAAGUGUUUUAAGUUGGAUUAAAUAUAUAGAAAUUACGAUAGGAAAACUUCAGAAAUUGUUAUCACUUUAAAAGAGAACAUUCAAGAAAAAUCAAUGUUGUUAGGAAAUUUGUUUGGCAUCUGUGCAGUUACAUAAGAAAUUGAAAGAAUUGGAUGUUAACACAGGCAUACGAAAGGAGUUAUUCGCAGAAUAGUGAUUUUCCUAAUGUCACACAUGAUGGGGGACUGAAACAAAAACAAAUGGUUGAGGAAGUUAUGCUAAAACAGAUGAAGUGCACAACUGAUUGGGAAGUGUACGACCCCACUGCGUCUGUGAUGUGUAGUUGUGUGUGUAUAGAGGAAUAUUCAGGAUAUAACACGGGUUACGGAACUAACGGUUAUUCUCAAAUGGGAUUUAACGGCUAUGGAUAUAAUAACGCGUAUACUAAUGGAUAUACAAAUAUGGGAUAUAGUAGAACUGACAUAUCAGGUCCUGCAACUGUAAGAAUGGUUUCCAAUAAUGGUCCUCCGCUACCCAUGCCGAUGCAGGUACCUCCUGGUCACAUGGUACAACAAAUUGUAGACGAGAAUGGAAUUUUAACACAUGUGAUAUUGUCUCCGCAACCACCAGGCAUGAUGGGAAGCCCAAUGACGGGUGGACCAAACAAUGCCCCACAGUAUUACCCGCCUUAUGGCGGACACUACUCCAGCCACCCACAGUAUCCAUCGCCACACCAUCACAGUCAUCACAGCGGCGCGCCAACCCCGGGGGCACGGGGAGCCCAACCUCACAUGCAACAUCAACAUGGCACUCCACCACCACAAACGUGUAAUAACCAUGGUCCAGUUCAUCCACAAGGUCCAAGUCCGCCAUUGAAUUCAAUGGACGAACGAGCGAACAGACAGAGGCAAAGAAUGAGAAAGAAAAUACGAGAGGGUGAAUACAAUAAUUAUAGGGGACCACCACGUAUAAGAAAGAAACAAGGCACAAAUGACACAGAAUCUCCACCAACCAACAGCAUUAACCAAUCACAUUCAGCAGAAAAUCACUCGGAGAUCGAGGAGGAAAGACGUGCCAUACAAUUGCAAUUAUCCAAAAUGCCAACCCCUAAGGUCAGUUGUCGACCUUUAUGCUGGGUUAAGGUGACAGACAUUGAGUCUCGAAGUGCUUUAAUACAGCUUUCAGCACCUGAAGUAGACACAAAAGAAUAUGAAAUAGACGCCGGGGAGUUCAAUUAUGAACUAAUGUUGUGUGAAAAAGGCCGUGAUGGCAAAUAUAAACUUGUAUACAGUGGUGAUGCCACAGAGAUAACCUUAAAAGACCUAAAACCAGCCACAGAAUACCAUUUAAAAGUUUGUACGAUAUUAGACGACUUACGGGGGUCUCCAACGGAAGCAAUCAGUUUUAAAACCAGUCCCUGUGAACCAGACCAACCCCAACACCCAAAACUGCAGCAAAAAUCAAAAACUUACCUCCAUCUCAAGUGGAAUUCACCAAAUGAAAAUGGUUCCAAAAUAUCUGCAUAUGUCUUGGAGUCAGAGGUUGGCGAUUCAACGGGCAAUUUUGUAGAAGUUUAUAAUGGAGUACAGAAACAAUAUAGAGUGUCAAAAUUAACAGCGGCCACAAAAUAUACCUUUCGUUUAGCAGCAAUAAAUAACACUGGAAAAAGUGAAUACAGUGAACCAGUAAGUUUCUGUACAAGUGGGUCUGCCCCUUCUCAACCAGACCCUCCAAUGUUGUCAGAAUGUUAUGUCACAGAACUAGUCAUAUCAUGGAUCAAGAGGCCAAAUGAUGAUGAAUUUGCCCUACAAAUCGACGACCAGUUUUCUGGUCAUGGUUUCAUCCCAGUUUACAAUGGUCCACUGCUUUCACAUAGAAUAAAUGGCUUAAGAAGAAAUAAAGAAUACAAAUUUAGGUUAGCUGCACGGAAUGAAGAAGGUUCAAGUAAAUGGAGUGAUAUUGUUGCAUAUAAAACCCUUCCUGCUCGACCUGACCCCCCUAGCAAACCACAGAUAAAAGGGAAAAUUCACCCACAUUUUUUCAGAAUAACUUGGGAUCCUCCAAAAGAUGAAGGUGGAGCAGAGAUCACAAAGUACAUUGUAGAGUUAGAUGAUGGCAAAGGGUAUGAGAUGGUAUUUGAGGGUACAGAAAGGGAACAUACAUGCUAUGAGCUGAUCCCAGGUCAUACGUACAGGGUGCGAGUAGCGGCAUGUAGUGUUGGAGGUCGCAGUGACUUUUCCGAAGUUUGUAUUGCAACAACUCAGUCGGUACCACCAGGCCAGUGUUCAGUCCCGAAACUUCAGGGCAAACCUAAAGCUACAUCAUUACAUCUUAGAUGGGCAUAUCCAGAUAAUAAUGGCGGUGCCCAGGUCACAGAGUUUGCGGCCCAGAUGAUUCUUCCUGACAACACAAGUCGAGAAGUCUACAAAGGUCGUGACCUUGAUUGUAUCGUAGCGGGGCUGUCUCCCGGACGACCCUACCUCUUCCAAGUUCGAGCUUUCAAUAGAGCAGGGGGUGGACCAUGGUCUGAGCCUCUGGAAGUGGUGAGCGGUGCUGGUGUACCAGACCCUCCCAAGAUGCCGUUGUGCAUGUGCCGGUCAGCGCACAGUGCUCUCAUGCAGUGGGAGGGGCCUGUAAAUAAUGGUGCUACAAUAACAGACUAUAGGUUAGAAUGGCAGUUAAAAUCUGACCAAGAAUUCUCACAGUUGUACUUUGGUCCAAAUACCAGCUUUGAAGUAAAGGGUUUAAAUCCUGCAACUUGUUACGCAUUUAGGGUCCAAGCAAUAAAUAGCGCGGGGCACGGACUGUACAGCCCAGUGGCAACAUGCCAGACUCCGCCUUCCAGCCCUUCGGCGGUCAUUUCAAUACGUGCAUCCUCUGCAGCCACAAGUGUUCAACUCAUAUGGAAAGAGCCACAUGACAAUGGAAGCGAAAUUUAUGCGUAUAAUAUAGACAUUGGAGAAAAACAAUUAAUAUGUGUUAGUGCUGUAACGGAAUAUACACUAGAGGAGUUAACUCCAGAAACAACUUACAAGGUUCGUAUUCAAGCAGUAAAUGGUAUAGGUGUAGGUGCAUUUAGCUCUCCAGUGAAGUUCACAACUCGUGCAUUACCACCCCGACCACCAAAAUUAGAAUGCUGUGGAGCAUCACAUAAUAGUAUGAAAUUGAAAUGGGGUGAAGGUCGGAAUAAUGAUCUCAUUACCUACACGCUGGAAAUGGAUCGAGAAGACGGAAAUUUCCAAGAGGUAUACAAAGGUCAGGCAUUUACGUAUAAGGUAAAUCGUCUGUCGGAGAUGACAAAUUAUGAUUUCCGAAUUUAUGCCAGUAAUGAUGCAGGUAGCGGACCAUAUUCAGAAACUUACACAUUCUCCACAACUACAGCACCACCACCAGCAUUAAAAGCACCAAAAGUCGAGAACAUAACAUUAACAAGUUGCAUGGUAGAAUGGCAGGCAUGUAAACCUAUGGGAGAUGAUAGGAUCGUGUAUGCCCUGCAGUUACAGAGUCGAGACCAUGAAUACAGACAGGUUUAUAAAGGAGCAGAGACGUGCUAUAGCCUUGAUAAUCUACAGUGUAAAUCAGACUAUCACGUUCGUGUUUGCGCGAUCAGACAAUUCAGUGAUGACAGUGAAAUAAAUGGGGCAUUUAGUCCUGGCCAGAAUUUCUCCACUGCUAGUCCAGAACCUGUCAAAAACAUCAUUUCACAAGUUGCGGAGACAAAAGUAUCAGAACGUAAACAAUUAACGGACCAACAGCUUGCGUUCAUUUUUGUCGCAGGCAUUAUGGUUGUUGCAGUGUUAAUAGCGUAUAUAGCUCAGUCAUUUUUGUCUUAUACAUCUGGAUCUGGAAACCUGAGGGACGAAGUGUGAUAGUGAAGUGGGGAGCAGAGAAUAUAAACCAUAAGGAUAUAAUUAGCAGAGCUGGCAUUCUGUACUAAUGUUGUGAUCAUAUUGUUCGUUUUUUUCUCGGCAUUUAAAAUUUUCUUUUUUCUUUCGUGAAUUUUAUUUUCCCCUUAAGAUCUUUGUCUAUGUGCAGGCACAAUGACGAUGUAUUAUUGAAAAUAAGAAGAGACAGUAAUGCUAUAUAUACAAUCAUGAGACCUAGCAACAAGCGAAAGUGUUUUCUCGUCCUUAAAGAUCACAUUUCAGUGUAAAAGGAUAAAAAAUGUGGCAUUUCUCUUCCUUAAAGAUCACAUUGCAGUGUAGAAAGAUAGUAAAAUGAGGGAAUUUCUUCUCCUUAAAUAUUACAUUGCAAUAGAAAAGGAGAAAAAAAUGUGGGAACAAGUAACUUGCAACAUGCAGUAGGGUUUUCUCUUCCUUUAAAGUCACAUUGCAGUAUAAAAGGUUAAAAACAUGAUGAUACUGGAUAAUUCCAGAUAUAAAUAUUAAAGAUAAUAGAAAAGCGAAUCUGUUAAGGUUGUAAGGCACUAUAACAAGUAGUGGUUUAGCAAUAAUAUAUUACACUUUGUUAACUGUAAUGAUGAUAGGCGCUUUGACUUGAACACUGUAUCCAUUAUUGUCAAAGGAAAAUGUGAACUGCUGUUAGUAAUGUCACAUGUUUUUUAUGUGUUGAAUUUACAUACAUGGAUUUGGAACAAACAAUUUGCCAUAAUAUUUAAGAAUUGGAAUUCUGUUUUUGAUUUUGUCAAACUGGAAUAUAUAGAGAAAAAACCUGUUGCAUUUUUAUACAAGUCUCAGUUUUGCUUGCUGCAAAUCUUGUGUUGUCAUUGUUCUCUCUGUGUCAGGGGGAAAUAAUUCAGUGUGGGAGGUAGUUGAUAAGAAUUUUACACUUACCUCCCUUUUUUGAAGUUGAUCAACAUAAAGCACAUCAUGCCUUUGUGUUCCUCUACAUAUAAGAAAUUUAUGGCUGGUCCAAGGUUUUAAGUCAUCAUUUGGGCCUGUUAUUUUAUUGCCCACAUUUUCAUGUAUCUUCUUCUGAUUGUGAUUCUAUCCAGUAACCUAAUAGCUGAGUAUAGAUCAUUACCUUGUGGUUGUCUUUUUAAUGUAUAAAGUAUUGUAAUAUGGUAUUCAGCUGUUGAUACGAGUAAAUGUCAUUAUUGCUUAGCCUUGGGUAAAGUAAUUUAAAGGAAAAGUUUUAAAUGUUAUGUUUUGGUUAAAGUGACUGGCGCGUAGAUUUGGGUUUGGGGUAAAGUGAAUAUUUUUCUUAAUUUUAAAAGAAACAAGAAACAUUUAACACACUUGUGACAUUUGUGUAUAUUUAUAUAAAUUCAUUUAUUUAAGUGUUUUUCUAAAGGGAUUUGGGAGGUAUCAUCAUGCGUAUUAAGUAUUUACAAUUUUAAUUGCCAAAUAUUCUUAUACAAACUGCGGGCCAGGUGCUUUAACUGUUAUUUGCUAAAUUGUAUUAUCUAAGUGCAUGAGUAUUAAUUGUUCUAUUUUUUGGAGGGAUUAAUUUUUGACUGUAUAUUCACAUUUUCUGUAAGAAAAUUUGGGGGCCGUUUUCUCUUAAUAUUAUUUUUCAAAUAUUUAUAUAUAUAUACUGCAUGAUAUUCACUUUUCAGGAAAUCUUUUCUUUUUAAGUUAACACAUUUUUUUUUCAGACAUGCAGCAUUUACAAUAAUGGGAGCUAAAUGUUUACAUACAAUAUAAAAUCAGCUCUUGUUUUCGAAUUUUCAACCUUGUAGCCUUUAUUCAAAACAAUAAAUUAUAACAUAAUUAUGUUACCCACAAUAGAUACAGAAUGGAUAAAAGAUUUUAAUAAAAAUGUGCUAGCCUGUUAGUCAGGAGAUCACUAGACUAGAAAUCUAUGAAUUACGUUCUCCGUGAUGAUUAUCCCUGUGUCUGAAGUAAUUCUUCCUGCACGUCCAACUAAUGCGCAUAAGUUGUAACUUACUGUAGGAAAACUUGUCAGUAUGGGUACACCAGCAAUAGUGGUCACAAUCACUGACUUCCAUUACAUAUCUGAAAUGUUGAUGGAAUAUUGCAUUUAAUAAAAAGCAAAUGAAAUAAGAUAUGAAAACAGUAUUGUUAUUGCUAUGAGAUGACAUUCUUUAAAAAAGUCACAAGGGAGAGAAUUCAAAAACAAAAUGAGAUUAUAUUAUGUACAUUACAAACACUUUGCUUUCUGGAAGACUUUUUUAUGGAUUAAAAUAAAAUAAAAUGUAUUGUCUUAGAUCAUAUUUACCGUUUGUCUUUUAUCUCUAAGCUUUUGUUAAAGUCUGUGUUUUUACCUAUGGACUUGCAAUUGACUGUUCUGCUGUAAUAUAAUCUAUUUACAAGAGGGAUUCACUCUCAGAACCAGGUACCAUCAAGUAAUUGCCAACCAUAUUCAAACAAAACCAUGUUAUUAAAAUGAGCACAGAUAUAAAACCACGUAACAGUUGAGCCGCGCCAUGAGAAAACCAACAUAGUGGGUUUGCGAACAGCAUGGAUCCAGACCAGCCUGCGCAUACGCGCAGUCUGGUCAGGCUCCAUGCUGUUCGCUAACAGUUUCUCCAAUUCCAAUAGGCUUUAAAAGCGAACAGCAUGGAGCCUGACCAGACUGCGCAGAUGCGCAGGCUGGUCUGGAUCCAUGCUGGUCGCAAACCCACUAUGUUGGUUUUCUCAUGGCGCGGCUCAGUUAAGUCUACUCUCUUCCCCUCCUAGGCUCUUUUUUUACUUAAAUUUUCAACACCAAGUAAAAUGCAAGUUCUGAUUAUGCUGUUGUUUGAUUAGUGAAUCAUUAGCAAAUUUUCUGUUUACUCCAUAAUGCUUUAACUAUCUUUUUCAAGUCCCUGUCAUAAAUAACAAGACCAGUAAUAGAUCUGGUUGUCAUGACAGUAACAAAUUAUGAUACCCUGUAAAACAUGUAACGUCUACCAAACAUCAAACAUAUUUAUAUCAAACUUUUAAUGGCAUUUGGUAUAUCUUUAAAUGAAGAUUGUCUUCACAACAGUAUACAAUAUACACACGACUGUGACUGCAUCUGGCUAUAGAUGCACAUAUCAAAAUGUGGGGGAAAUCACCCAUCUUACUGUUGUAUUGCAUGAAAUUGCAUAGUUACAGGACUGACUUCAUUUAUUACUGAAAGACACAUUCUCAUUCAUUGGUAAAGCAUUCUGGUUUAUUUUACAGAUUGUAAUAUUGCUUAUUAGUUUAAAAUUUAAUUUAUGGCAAGGAAAGUUGUAUAUAGAAGAGAUAGACCAAGGUUAAAAUGGCUUGCAUUAUUAAUAUCGUAUCCACAUCCUUUUAUGAAUUUGUGGAUUAUUGUUGUUGUUGUGGGUUUUUUUCGGACCAGAAUCACCUUUUUAGAUCUGACUUUAUUUAUUUUUUUAUUUGUUGUUAUUUCGGGGGAGUAAGGACAUUUUUGCCUAAACCAUAUUUAUUUUUUCUGUGAGAAAUUGGUUUGUUACAUUGCAAUUAUUGUUAACUCGUUAAGACUAUGUUGGAGGGGUAUUCUGUUAAUUGCUACAAGCAUUUAUGAGAAAAUAAUAAUACAAGUUUGGUUCGGCUAACCAAGCAAUGAAAUUUCUGCAUAACCGGUAUAGAUAGUAUUAUAUCAGCAUGCCCUAUUUUGCCUGGAGAUUUAAAAAAGUCAUUUUCAGAUAGCUUUUUUCCAUUUCUCAGUCUGGCCUGUCUGUUAAACAUUUUUAAGUUUUGAAAAAUUCGCCAUUUUAGUUUGAUGUAGUUGGACAUUUUUUGAAUGAGAGUAUAAAUAUUUACAGAUAUAACGUUUGUUGUAUUUCAGAGAUUGGAUUCACUGUCUGAAAAAUAUAUAUACAUCAUUAUGAUUUAGGGUGAAAUUUUUUUUUCGAGGUUUUCAUUUCCAUUACCAAGAUUCUGCCCAAAUUAAUUGACAUUUUAAGGAUGUAAGGUAUUGCCUAAACACUUUAGAAAAAGAUGCACAAAUUUUUUAGGUUAUACUGCUGUGUACUUAUUCGGAGUUUAAAUUUGAAAUUUUUCAGAUCAGUUUUACCUAGGAUAGGCCUAAGAAAAAGUACUGCCAUGUUCUUUUGCAAUUACAACACAAAAUAAAAAAAAAAGACAAAAUAUUUUUCAAUAUGGGUAAGCAAAAUCUUGUAAUAAUUGUACGCUAGAGAUAAAUUGGAAGAAAAGUUGAGAAAACAAAGUGGGUUAUGGAUAUCAUUGAAAAAGAUAUAUUAUUUUUAGGAAGAAUUCUUUUUUGUUUUUUGGUUAUGAGUACAGAAGUAGAGGUAUUAUAUUCUAUUAUGAGAUGGCAUUUAAUUGUUAGUUACAUGGGUUUUCUGUCAAUUUACCUUUAGUUAUAUAAACAAUAAUAAUUGUAGCAUACAGUUUCAUAUAAAAUGUAGUUUUGACAACAUUGCAUUAAACUUAAAGUUUAUUUUUAGCUCAACUGAACCAUGGGUUCAGGGGGUGCUUUUAGUAUUGUUGGAUGCUCUGGUGUCUCUGUCUUGAUUGCCAACAUUUCUACUUUCAAACUUUUUGAUCUGAAGUUACCUUUCAUCGAACUCCGGUUUGUUUUGAAUUGCUGCAGUUGACUGCAUUAGGGGGCUACCAUACUUAGAAACAGAAAUACCUUUCAGCCUCAGCUUGCGGGUCACUUUAAGGACGUUCACUGAACUUGGUAAAAGGCUUUUUUCGAGUCUAAGUUAGGUGAGCGACUUAGCCAUGAUGGUUCUCUUGGUUUUCAGUCAAGAAUACGUAUACAAUGAAAUGGGUCUACUUUUACCAAUAUUCUUCCAGAUUCAAUGAAAUUGGACUUUUUAUGUACAUAUGAUUGUCUUGUGAAAUAUAUUAAAAGUUACUAUAUAUAAUUAUAUAUAUCUAUAAUAUAUGUAUAUAUAUAUAUAAUGUUUUAGCUGUCUCGUAAUUGCUACACGCUUUAUUAAUGUGAUACAAAAAAACAACUAUUCUUGUACGAUAUGUGUCACUGUUAUACAUUUCUAUAUUAUCUUAAAUGUGACAUUUAUAUAUCAUAUAUAUAUAUAUGUGAAAUGCUAUGUGUAAAACUAAUUAUAUGAGGAAAAAAAACGUGUACAGAUAUGUAUCUUAUAUCUAAUUUUUUCUGUCUUUUUUUUCUUUUGACUGUUCAAGUUCAUGCACUUUGUAAACUGAUAAUGGGUGUUUACUAGUCAUAUAUUUUAUGCUUAAAGUACUGUAAUAAAGUUACUCAAAUUGACGGAAAUGUUUUUUUAUUUUAUCGAUUUAUUAUUUUAUUUUGAAGUACAUUAUUUCAAAUUAUUUUAGAUAACCCUGUGGGAUGGGAAGUAAGUUUGUAACAGUGACAAGGUGUUUAAUAAAAGAUGGUUUUGUUGUCUCAGCACAAGACUACUUUAACUGUAGUUAAAUGAAGAAGAUACAAUAGGUCUGCAGUGAAGCUAUGAUAUAUAGGGACAGAAUAAAAGAAUAAAGGUCUUGAAGUAGAAGUAUUUGUUUUAUUGAAUGUUAAUCCAGACUUAACAUUAUUAAUUUGUUGUUAUAAUUUGGUACAGAUUGUGAUUGUACAGAUAAAAGUAGUGGGCAAAUUUUUUAAGCGAUGUACUUUAGUAAAAUUGAAAGAAUUGAAACAACAGAAAGACUAAGAUAUAACUAUCAUCUUGAUGUCUGGCAGUUUAAUUGACUACUGACGUUUCAAAAUACUUCCAGAAUUCUGGCCAAAAUAUUAAUUGACUAUUAUCUUACCUUCUUAAAAAGUAAUGUUUUGGUAAAUGUGUUUGAGAUGAGACAUAAAAGGAAUUUUAAGUAUUAUAAAAAUGCCACAUUUAAAUUAGUCUGUUAGAGCAGAUUAGAUUGUUGAUGUUGAAUAUGAGGAUUGAAAGUUAAUUUUAUUGUUCUUGCGUAUAAUAUCUGUAGUUUGCAGAGAACAAAUGGAAACAUGCGACCUUAAUGGUGACUCAUCGUUAGUCAUCGUACUAUCUUUACACAAAAUUUGGAUGUUAUUAUCUAUAUUGUCCGAUGUAUAUAAAAAAGCUGCUAAAAUGAACAGUUUACUGUAAAGAAACUAUGUCCGACAAACUGAUCAUAGAAAUGUAAGUGUUUCUGUUAGGCCAGUUGUAGAGCCUCAGCUUUAGUCUCCUGUGUUAAAAAAAAAUGUUAAUUUGAUCAGGUUUGCAUUUGGAGUGCAGUUUCAAAUUAAAUUGGCUCUGGUUAUAUUUAAACAAGUGCCUGAUUAAGUGCAAAACUGUAGAUUUAGAACCUGAACUUGUUAAAAAUUAUCUAGAAGAUAAUACGAUGUUCAUAGUAAACUCCCACUUGAAACAAGAACAUCACAAGAUAGGAUAAAUACUUUAAAAGUCUGCUUUCGUAAACUGAAUUAUUUCAUAUCUCUGGACCAAAAUAUCUGUGUUUUGCAUGCAGUCUUUAAUUUAAAACUUGCAUUAUAUUGCAUAAUAACAAUCAAAUAAUUGGCAUUUUAUUGUGAGUUUUUUUGUUUGUUUGUUUUAAUCUUCUUAUUUUCACUUUAUCAAAUUGUUAUGUACAAAGCAAGUUUUUCUUCUUUGUCUUUGUUAAGGAAUUAUCUGUAUAAGGUAGCAGGAUAUCUGUGUUUACAUAUCUAACCAUCACAAAAACUGCAUGUCUGCAAAUCUGUUCAUCAAAAAUAAAAUCCUGAUUUUGAAGCACUUUCCCUCAUUUCUGUGGAUUCAUGCUCUGCUUGUGAGGAAGUAAUCCAGCUUGCUUUUAGAAUGUUGAUGAUUCUGCCCAGUGCCCAUUUUAAACAGAAUUAGUUCCUGCAGGGGUUGGAAAUUCACCAUUUGGCCUGUAUUGUCUUGUUCCAGAUUAAAAAAAAACAAAACAAAUAGAACCAUUAUGUCCUUUAAUGAAUAUGUAUGUUUCUAAAACUCAAUGUCCACAAAUUUGUCCCCAAAACCUUGCCACAAUUUGUCUUCCAUGUUUACGACUUUUAUCAGAGUGUGUACCCUAUUAAAGACUGUUACAUGUUGGUAAAUCUUGUAUGUCCAUACUUCUGUGGUGAUGUUUAAUUCAUCAUAGGUAUAUAAACCCUGGAAAUGAACAAUGCUGUGAAGACUGUUAUAUCAAAGGCAGUUUUCCUAAAGAGGUAGAAACAUUCAGGCUCUGGUUCCAAAGUUGCAAGAGUUUGAAAAUACCAGGUGUCUUUAACACAGGUUAUACUGUAUCAGUCUGACUGUUGGAGCAGUUACUGUCAGUACAGUGAAACCUCUCAACCUAAGGCAUAAUGUGUAUGUUGUAUGUAGGUAAUUUUACUAAGAAUGUUACUUAAUUGGAAGGAAAAUACCUGUCCUUAAAGAGAGAUGUUCACAAAGGCAUCUUUAACAGUAGGUGUAGUAUAAUUAAUAUUGACAACCUGAGCUUCUUUUUCAAGGUAAUACUUAACCAUUUUUAUUAGUUGUAAAGAAGACUUCAGUCCGAGCCUGCAACAUUUCAUUUAUGCCAUGUUGGGGGACAGGUGGUUUUUGACUUUUUCUAUUUCAAACUUUUGAAGUCACUGUUGAGACACAGUUCAGUCAGUCUCAGAUUUGCAACCCUUCUGUUGGCCAAGUUCAGAAUAAUGUCCACAGGGUUCUGGAGUUAACUGCCUUAGUUAUAAAUCUAUAUAUUUAACAAUCUGUAAGUACCCAUUUCUCCGUGAAGUAUUGGUCAGAAAGGCAGGAAAAAUUUCAUUGCUGCUGUGGCCCGCAACUCGGGCAUGUUCUUUAUUUUCUUGGUUUGGCAUUUUUAAGGUAGUUUAGAAACAAAACCUCAUACUCAAGUGUUCAUAAUAUGACAAAAUUUCAAUUUCAAAUCAUUUUUAGCCAAAACCUGGAGGUUGGUGCCGUUAACACUUUUCACUGUAUGAUACUUGGAAAAAAAAUCUUCUGAAUAAAGGCCAUUUAUCCAGUUUUCCACCUGAGAUUGUCUCUGUACCCAGGUUUGAUUGUGUAUAUAGUUAUAAUAUGAAAAGUAGAGAACAAGACAGAAUGCUUCUGCAGUUUUGCAGGUGUGCAGUAAUGUGAAUAUCUGCUGAAUACAGGUUGGCUGCUAAAUAUCGGUGGACUGCUUUGUAGUGUUCAUUACUGCACACAGUUUUGAACCAGGGGGUUGUUGGAUUGAUUAAUCUGUACUAUUUAUAUUAAUGGUGAUAAAGGAUUAUGAUUUACAGGCAAGCUUGUGUUUUGUGUUAUAGACCAAGAACAUAUUACGUUGAUUUUCAUACCAAGUGCAGCUGUAAUUUUCAAUUUAUUUUUACCAGCAGGUAAAGACAGAAUGAGUUUUCAAUCAAAUACAAAUUGAAAGGUAGUUGCAUUCUCCAGAAAGAUCUUUAAAAUAGAACAGAUAUGAAACUCAUAAGAACAGAGAGUGAAAUGUCUUGUUGGGUGAUGACCUGGUCAGUGAGACACUUUCUUUGAUAAAUUAACCAAUUAUCAGUUAGGAUUCUGUCAAUUAAUUUUUUAAGUAAAACUUACAAGGUGAUUAUAUAUUUAUGAAGUUGAAACAUUUAGUAAAGAUCUGUUGCACAGAUAGCCUGCUGUCUUUAGGUAGUCAUAUUUUAUGUAUUUUUUUGUUUAAGGUCCUAUGCCAAAAUAUGUCUUUAAGGAUAAAUAGGUAUUGUUUGACCAUACAGGUGUAAUAUAGAAGAAAAAGUGUGAGAAUGUAUUUUAAAUUAUAUAUUUUUUGGGGGGUAGUUGCUAAGCAGGUUUUUUACAUGCAACUACAUGAUCAGUAUAAGCUUAAAUUAUUGACCAGAAAGAAAAUAAUAAAAGGUUCAAAAUUGGAUAAGUCUUCUGUUCUUUAAGAUUGACUGAAGAAAUUAUAUUUAAGGUCAUUCAUCCACACCGGCUGUUUUACAUGGGGAAGUUGUUAGUUACUUGCAAAGAACAGCUUAAGCUAACCAGGUAUAUUAGAUAGGGUUACCAACGGCCAUGUAUUACUGACAUACUGUUAAAAAUUGCAUUCAACACAAUAAAACAAACAGAUAAGUUAUUAAGGAAAUUAUAAAUUAUGUUCUUGUAUCUAUAAAUAGAAUGAAUUGUGUUGCAUAUUCCCUGUACAGUGUUGAUAAUCUUUUAUCUUGUCUGUAAGACAGUUCGGUGAAAUAAAUCUUUGUUUAUCAUUAACCAUGACAUGGGAGUGGAGAGAAUGUUCAUAUUGUUGUGACAAUUGCUUACAAUAAAGCUUGUGUGAAAUGAAUUCUGUUCAAGCUAGUAUUAAUGAACCAUAAUUCAUCAUUGCAAGGCAAAAUAGCAGAAAACUGCAUCCACAUAUAGGAUCAGUUGUCCAGUUUCUGCACUGAGGUGAUAAAUUAUGUGUGUCACUGAAUUCAAAGUCUGUUUUGCAAAACAAAAUUUCCUUAGAUUGGAUAUUUAUGAUGCAAUGGGAUUAUUUUAGUUAUAUUGCUCUGUACGCUAGACUGUGCUGGGGACAGCAGUAAAAUGUCCCCCUGUACAUGGGCUCACUGUUGUAACAUUUUUUGCUCCUUUGGAAAAAUGGAGUCCAUUCAAUAUAUUUCUUAUUUUAGAGUUCCACAAUGGUUGGUGCUUGUGCCAUGUGUAUUGUACAUUUUAUUACCUCCCAUGAACAAAUAAAAACCCAGUCUGCUGUUAUUUCUAUGCUGCCAAAGGAUCUUCUUAGAGACACUUUCUGGCAUAACACUUGUGUCAAUAUGACAGACAGAAACACACACAUUUUUUUCUACUAGUACUAAUGAUAAUUUAAGACAUCUAGCUUUAACAAAAUUCAGAUUUAUACAAGUUUUUUUGUAACAUGUGGGAUGAGGGCCAGUUUAAGCAUGUGCAAUAUAUGGUAUAUUUAUUCUAUGAUGAAUACAUAUAUGUAAAUAGACAAUAUUAUAAAUUAUAUUAUUUUGAAAAUAACCUUCCUUUUGUUUUGAUAGGGGAACUGGUUUAAACUGGUCAAUGGUGUUAUCAUUGAAAUAGAUUUGAAGAAAGUCUUUUUUGUAAUUGGGGUAAAAUUAGCAGUGUUGGUAGCAAUGUUUCUUGGUGUUUUUUCAUGGACUACUUUAUUACACUUAAUAGUCUCAUAAUCUUUCUCCUAGUGAUGACCAAGUUGUUUUGUCUAUGUGAAUUAGUUCAUGCAUAAAUUUGGUAUUGUCUGGUUUCUUGCAGUUAUUAAACAUUUUUGGAAAAAAUUGCAAUUUUAUCUGUUAUUACGAUGAACCCAUAUUCUAUUUUAUAGAUAAUUAUAAAUUUGUUCAGAUUUUGUUUUUAAGUGAUGGGGUGUGGGGGUGGGGGUGGGGGUGGGGGUGCUGUUAAUUUGCCCAGAGUUGCAGGUGGCUUUGAAGCUUUGCAUGUGUUGUGUUUGUUUCAUUCUUUUAUCACACAACAUAUAUACAAACAUAUUUUAUUUUGUCAUUUACAUCUUGUCAAGAUUUUUUUUCUAGAUGCCAUUUCUCUGAAUGUCCUAUUUCUACAUUUAAAGAAAAGUCUGUGUAUUUCAUUAAUAGAUCCUUAAUGUAUUUAUACUGUCUUACAGUAAAGUAAAGCAAAAUGAAAGAUGAGACUUUUGUGAGCAAAAUUUUGCAAUAACUCAUUUUUUUUUAUUGAAUAUGAAGUAUUGAAAAUGGAUAAGAUAUUGUCAAAUCAAACAUGUGACCGUAACAAUCAGAUUGAUUUAUUUAAUGUUCUUGGUAAAAAUGUAAACAGUCAUAUUUAUGUCAAGUUCAAAUGAACUUACUUUUUCAAUAAUAAAUAUGUAAUGUUAUUCCACAACUACAGAUGGACCCAUAUGUCAGACUUUGAUACCAUAAUGGCCUUGUUACUGGGCUUUGAACACUUGUAUUGGUCCGAAGUAAAUAUCAUCAGAAUGUAUGAAUACAAAAUAUAAAUUCCAGGACAACUUCAAGUGCUGUAAUAAUCUUGCCUGUACUGUAGAUUUCAUGUUGGAUAAUUGAAUGAUAUUUAUUUUAUGUCCUGGAAUUUCUUAUAAAAAAAGAGCAAUCAGAAUAUCUUAAAAAAUGCCAUUUUGUUGCCACGGAAACCAAAUAUAUGCUGCAUGGUCAGCUUUUUUAAAAUUACUGUUGAGAAGAGGGUGUUCAUAUUUUGCGGCACUUUUCCUUGGAAAAAGAAGAAACAAUAGUUGUUGUGAAACAUGUAAUUGUUGGAACUGUAAAUCUGAAUUGAUAGAAAUCUUUUUUUUUCUGUUAUUCACUGUUAUAUUAGAUAUUUGCUGAAUUGUUGCAAUGGUAAGUUUUUUUCUGAUGUUGCUGAAAUUUACAGUGUUGUAAUGUUUGUUAUUAAUGCUGACAUCUGUACGCUGAAUUUUUCUGUGUUACACCUGUAUUUGUAGGUCAAAAUGAGAUAUAUAUUCUAUCAAUAAAAAUAUUAAGCUGCA